AUGGCGAGUAGGCACGUGCAGUGGGCAGUUCCUCUGGAGAUGAAUGCAGCAGCAGGAGAGGGUGGUGCCAAGGCUCCCCCCAAAUUCAAGCAGAAGGAGACCAGGCAAUUCAAGAGCAAGGCCCCCAAGGCUGGACAGAAAGGGUUUGAUGAUGUUCCUGGAAUGGAUGGCCUGGGAGAUGCAGCUGUAGUCUGCCCAUGGGAGGCAUUUGGCGACAUGGAGCUGAGCGAUUUGGCUCAGUUUGGCAUUGUGUAG